AAUAGAUGAAUAUCGACAAAAAACAAAAAUUUCAAAAAAUAUCUCCCAAAUUAUAAAACGCGUCCACUCCAACAAAACGACUCCGUUUAACCGUCCCUUUCCACUCUCCUCGUCACCGGAAAACUUCAUUUUAGAGAGAGAAGUUCGAUUGUAUAUACAUAUAGAGAGAGAAACCUGUACAUACACAGACACAGACAUACAUCUGUGUUAAUAUAGUGAGAGAGGAGUUAAUUUAGAGAGAGAAAUUAGUCAAUUAGUUCGUCUUAUGGCAUGGAUGAGUUCCAGAACUGAAAACGACGUCGUUAGACUCGUUUUGUUCACUCCGAGAUGAAGAAUUUGCGAUCGUUUGGUAGAUGUUUCGUUCUGCUUUUAGUCCUUUUUGUUCAUAAAGGGUAUGUAACGGCUAAAGCUUUCACAGGGACUUACGGUAUAAAUUACGGAAGAAUCGCAAAUAAUAUCCCAACUCCUAACGAAGUUGUUAGGCUUCUUAAAGCUGCCAAGAUAAAAAACGUACGUAUAUACGAUGCCGAUCACACUGUUCUUGAAGCAUUUCGUGGUAGCGGUCUCGAUCUGGUGAUCGGUCUUCCUAACGAAUUCGUUAAAGAUAUGAGUAGUAACGCUGAUCACGCCCUCACAUGGGUUACAGAUAACGUGAAAGCGUAUAUCUCAAACACACAUAUUGUCGGAAUCGCAGUCGGAAAUGAAGUUCUUGGAGGCAGUGAUUUAGAUCUCCAGAAUGCGUUAUACGGUGCGGUUAAAAACAUUUACAACGCAACGCAAAAACUUCAGUUAGAUAAAGUAGUUCAGAUAACAACCGCGCAUUCACAGGCGGUUUUCGCUAAUUCAUACCCGCCAUCAUCGUGUGUGUUCAAAGAAGACGUUGCGCAAAACAUGAAGAAGCUUCUAGACUUAUUUACGCAAAUGGGGUCGCCGUUUUGUUUAAACGCGUAUCCGUUUUUGGCGUACAUGGGUAGUCCAGAUCAGAUCGAUAUAAAUUACGCGCUAUUUAACCCAACCGAUGGCGUAGACGAUGAAAAAACGAAUCUGCAUUAUGACAACAUGCUUGAUGCUCAGAUCGAUGCUGCGUAUGCCGCACUUGAAGAUGCGGGAUUUGGUAAAAUGGAAGUUAUUGUGACGGAAACGGGUUGGGCUUCGGAUGGAGAUGAAAACGAAGGUGCUGCGACACCUGAAAACGCGAGAACGUAUAAUUAUAAUCUGCGUAAACGACUUGCUAAAAGGAAGGGGACUCCAAGAAGACCGAAGUCUAUGUUGAAGGCGUAUAUAUUUGCUUUGUUUAAUGAGAAUUCAAAGCCGGGCCCUACUUCUGAACGGAACUUUGGUCUGUAUAAACCUGAUGGGACGAUUGCGUAUGAUAUAGGUUUUCCAGCUUUGAAGUCUUCAUCUUCGGUUUCAUCUCGUCUAUCGUUUAAGGUAUUUGGAGCACAAACAUGGCAUUGGUCCUAUAUCUCAGUCUUAACCGCAUGUGCAUCAUCCUCAUUUCUGUUUCUAAGAUCAUAAAAGGGUUCACUCAUGACCAACAAUACAUUCCAGAGUAGGUUGUUGGAGGUGGUUAUUGUUGUUCUGGUUUUGUUCAUAAGUUAUUUUACUCGUGGUCAUAGGCUGGUGAUCAUUAAACUGUGUAUCAAUUUUGCGAUUAUGUGUUAUAGCACGAGUUACUUUUACGUUUGAUGAGGUACAGAGUGUUUUAUAAGUUAAAACUGGAGACAUGGGACAUGUCAUAACUCUUCACGGUCCGGUUGGUCUACACACGUUGCGUUACCUGUAAACACCUAUCGGUUCAUUUUUAACGCUUUAUUAUAUGUAAGGUUUUACUAAACGUGUUUGAAUAGUUUUUUGGACGAUUACCGCUAUGAAAAAUUUUGCUAUUGCUGA